GCAGCCUCCAUGUAAAAAAAAUCGGAUGAAAUUAUUCGGGAAAAACACUAUAUUAUCUAUUAUUGCGUCCCGAUCAAAUUCCGAUGGUGGCUGAUGACAAGGAAAAACAUAUUGGUCAAUUAUAAAGUCUACUUUAAUUUAUGGUAUUGUGAUAUUUUGCUGGAAAAUGACUUUUCUUUCAACUAUGUAAAUUUACACACACUGCCACUUAUACCUAUGCAUGAAAAUCAAUAUCCCACAAUUAACAGGAUGGAUCCAGACUCUUUGCUGAAAUUUGUUGGUAACCAUGGAAACCAUAGCAUAUUUGGUGGGUGGAGAUCCAUAGGAACCAAUGGUGGCCUUACAGGUUCAAGAUUCAGAAGACGAUUGAGGUUUCCUGUUGUUGAAGCACAAGAAGCAAGUAAACAAACUGUUGAAAGGAAGACUUCAUUUGUCGAGGCUGGCAUAAAUAAAGCACAUGAUGAAGAGACUCUGGUUCCAUCUCAAAGUAUGAAGAAAGUUUUACAAAACAAUCCAACAGACUAUAGAGCUUUGAUGGAGACAAGUGCCAAUCUUGUAUCGAAGGAGGAGAUCUUAGAUUAUAUCAACAAGGAGACUGGAAGAGAGAGGCUUCAGCAACUCUUUGGGAAGGAUGUUGAAGGUCGGAGAUCUCAAGAAAUGUACAUGGUGAUCGGAGGCAUUCUACAGGCUGGGUUGUUCGGUGCAGUGGUGGCUGGCUUUAUUGGUGCCAGAGUUGCUAAAGAGAGAUAUGUGAAAAAACACUACGCAGCACAAUUUGAGACCAAGUUCUUUGGGAUACGUGGUCAUCUCGAUGCUAUGGUCAUUGGAGCUAUAGGCUUUGGUGCCAAGUGGGCCCUGAGGUUAAGUGUCUUCACAGGCACUUUUUUAUUAAUAUCUCAAUCAGUUUCUGUGUAUAGGAAUAAAACGGGUGUCGUAGAAUACACAUUAGCAGGGGGUAUGACUGGAGCACUGUUCAGAAUGAACAUGGGUCUGCGGGGAAUGUUUGCGGCUGGCAUUCUAGGAACUACAUUUGGGACGAUUGCUGGUUUAUUGGCGUGGGGCACAUCAGAAGCCACUGGAGAGUCUCAACAGGCAAAACACUAUCAAUAUGUCCAUGAACAACUCGUAGAAAAAAAGAAAUACAAAAAUGUAAUGGAAGCAGCAGCGAAAGAGAACUUUGCGUAUCUUCCUCCAUCCCCCAGCUAGCUCUCUUCUUGCAUGAAUGAACAAAGCCCUCUGUGAACAAUGACUGUGUCGGUGAAUUGUAUAUUCCACUUUGGAAUCAUGGAGUUACAUCAGGAGAAAAGAAGUCUCCUCAGGUCUUCAAGCUUCUUUUCAAAAUUGGACCAUUUAUAACUUGAAUGACUUGUGAGAGAACUAUAAAGCAAAUCAAGUCUGAAAGUUGAGAGUGUCAGUUUGUUGAGCUCCUUGACCAGAUGGCAAGUUGUGAUAUAUGAAAAUAAAAGAAAUGAAAUCGA